GGCUAAUUUUCAGAAAACAGCUAAAUACAUCUCUGUUGUCACAUUACGUCUGACUGUUUAAACUCUUGUGCUAAGGAUAUGCAUCAGAGAUCUUUUCGGCAGACUCAUCGGAGUCCCUCUUCCAGCCAGCGUCAACACCACCUGGGAGGUUCAGGGAAGAUGUUCUUUGUUGCGGGAAACAAGGCUGGGCAAAGCUCAGGGAGUGAUAAAAAGAGCAUCUAUCAGAAGUUUCGCGGCUAUGAGCUGAUGGACAAGCGGCGGACGGAGACGGCUCUGAAGGCGGGCGAGGACAGGGCCAUCUUCCUGGGCCUCAGCAUGAUGCUGUGCUCCGUCAUGAUGUACUUCCUGCUUGGCAUCACCAUGAUGCGCUCAUACGCAGAGAGUGUGUGGACAGAGGAGACGGUGUGCACCGUGCUCAACUCCACCAUCAUGGCCGACAUCAACUGCUCCUACAGCUGCGGCGUGGACUGCUGGCGGAGCUCCAAGUUCCCCUGCCUGCAGGUGUACGUCAGCGUCAACGCCUCGGACCGAGUGGCCCUGCUGUCCCACAACGAGGACGCGCUGGAGGAGAACUCUGAGUGCUUCUACGUGCCGAAGUGCCAGAAGGAGCAGGCGGUGAUGCACGCGCUCAUCGCGGACAUCGGCGAGCGGCUGCGGGCGCGGCAGCAGGUGCCGUGCUUCCACGACCCGCUGGAGCGUCGGGAGGCGGUUCUGCUGACCCAGCUGUACGGCCGCGGCGCCGUCUUCCAGUCGCUCUUCUGGCCCUCCUGCAUGCUGGCGGGGGGCGUGCUCAUCAUCCUCAUGGUCAAGCUCACGCAGUACCUCUCCAUCCUGUGCGAGCAGAUUGGCAAGAUCAGCAAGUAA